CCAGGAGGCAACCCUUUUCGUAUUUCAUGUUUUCCAGUUCGCCUUCGCUUUCCCAGAUCUGCUGCAGGACGUGUAGGUGCAUCCUCAGCCCACACGGGGCAGGAGACGGAGGCAGCGUUGGGCCGAGGCACGCUGGGCGGCCUUGUGCUUGUCCCGCGUUGCCUGACAUCACCGAGUGUAACUCGAUGGGGAUGCAGGCCAGGAGGCGUUGUAAAUCGUAUUCGCAAACCGCAAGCCCGUUCUCGCCAGAUACAAAUUCACAGAGAUCCCUCCCUCAUUUUGCACAUUGUGGCCCUCAGAUGUGAUUGUGUAGUAAAUCUGUCCUCCGAUUCGGUUCCAUUGCAACUCUGCCAGUUCGGUCAGUUCAUCCCUGAGUAGAUCUACCUAGAUACUUAAGCACAGGACCUGUCCAAAUAUACGCCAGUCUCUCACACCUGGUCUGGCACAUCACCACUGCCACGUCUCAAGCACCCAAGAUGGGAUUCAAGAAGCACGGGCGGACCUAUGACAUAGUGGUCUUCGGGGCGACAGGCUAUACCGGGAAGUACACGGCGGAGCACAUCGCAGCGCACCUGCCCACACAUCUCAAAUGGGCAAUUGCUGGCCGCUCCCGCGACAAGCUGCAGAAGGUCGCCGAUGACCUCAAGCUGUUGAACCCGGAUCGCCAACAGCCAGCAAUCGAGAUAAGCAACCUCAAUGAUGGUGACCUGGCCGCACUGGCUAAGAAGACCUUCAUCUUGAUCACGACUGUCGGACCGUACGGGCGGCACGGGGAGCAUGCCUUCAAAGCUUGUGCCGAGAAUGGCACGCACUACUUCGACGCCACGGGAGAGGUGCCAUUCAUCGCGCGCAUGAUCAAAAAGUACGACAAGGUCGCAAAGCAGACAGGCAGCAUGCUCUUCCCGGCGAGUGGCGUCGAGUCCGCCCCGGCGGACCUGAGCGUCUGGGCCCUGGCCAAGCACAACCGUACCGAGUUCGCAGCCAAGACACGUGAGGUGGUCCUGUCCUGCCACAAGCUGAACUCAGCACCCUCGGGCGGGACCGUAGCCUCCGUCCUCGAGUUCUUCGACACGUACUCGCUCAAGGAGACAGCCGACGCGUUCAAGCCCUACGCGCUCUCGCCGGUGCCGAACCCCGCCUCCGCGCAGCACGGCCUGCCGCUCAGGACAAAGCUGACGGGCCUGCGCACGGUGCCGCAUCUCGGGCAGCUGACGACGUUCCUCGCCGCGGACACGGACAGGGCCACCAUCGGGCGGACGUGGGGCCUGCUCUCGCAGGCGGGCGGCGGCGGCGGCAGCGCCAGGGGCUCCGAGGCGUACGGGCCCAACUUCCACUUCAGCGAGCACAUGCGGGCGCGCAACUGGCUGUCGGGCCUGGCCGUCCACUACGGCAUCGCCGUGUCCGGCCUGCUGCUCGCGCUGCUGCCGCCGCUGCGGUGGCUGGUGAGGCGGCUCGUGUACAAGCAGGGCGACGGCCCGGGCCGGGAGCAGUCCCAGAAGGACGAGAUUGAGUUCCGCGGCGUGGCUGCCCCUGACACGGAGGGGCCGGUCGGGAAGCAGGCGUUUUGUCGGACUACUUAUCUCGGAAGCAUGUACGCAUUGACUGCGGCUUUCCUUGCGCACGGCGCCCUGACGGUACUGGAGGAUGAUGUAGACCUUGGUGGGGGUGGUGUCUUCACCCCGGCGUGUCUGGGCCAGGGUUUCGUGGACAGGCUGGACGGAGUGGGAUUCAAGAUCCAGACUGAGUCGGUGUUGACCUCAUAAUUUGCGGAGGGAACAAACGGAACAGACUGAUGAGUGGUCACGAGAGGUCACGGCUUGUAUUUUGGGUCUUUGUUGUGAAGAGAGCGAUGUCUUCAACUCGUCGUGUACAACUUAAUCGACAACUCGGCAAUUCAACUGAACGAUCUGUUAGUAUACAAUUAUGCCGGUGUUCACAGGCCUUCCGUGCUCGGAUCCCAGGUCACGCCAGCCAGGUAUGACAUUUCAUCAUGUGAAUUGAGGAGUUGGUUGUAUCGGGGGCCACGAGAGCCGAUCCUUUGUGCUCCCAGGUGCUACUGUGUCAUGUCGACUCUGAACCGUAUUUGACUGCCCGUCUGAAUAUCAAUCCAGGAAGAUUUAGU